AUGCCCCGCAAGCGCUCCUACUUCGAUGGUCCCGGCCGCAUACUCGGUACUGGAGAACUCGUCGAGCCAAAACGCAACGUGGAAAAGGUGCACGACGUGGAGUACAUCCCACCGAAAGACGCCAAGUCCGAUACGGAGGAUAGGAGUUAUGCAGACGACGUCCAAGACCGUGCCGAGGACGAGGAAUGGACGCCUAAGUCGAAGAAGAGAAAGAUGAAUCAAGGCAAAUCCAAGAGAGACGAAGUCAGCAAAUCGACGAAAGAAGAUGCUGGCGAUAAGAAUGAGCAGUGUCUUUUAAAGGAGCCGAACGAUAACGACGCCGCGGUUGCGGAGGGCCAAAACGUCGGAGGACGUCACGAAUGCAGCUGUUCUGUUUGCAAGAAGCGUAGGGGAGAGGAGGAGGAGGAGGAGGAGGAGGAGGAGGAGGACUAG